GCGCAUCAGACUCACAGCUGGGCAGACAGCCAGCAGGGUCUACAGAGAGAUGCGGGACCUCUGCCGCCCACUCCCCCUCUCUGCGCGCUCCCGGCUCCGCGCACUCCUCCCCCGGCAGCCACACGCCCAGGACAUCCUGCACCCCCGGAGCAGCGGGAUGGAGGAGGAGCUGGCUUGGGAGACCCAUGGCUUGCUUCCCCUGGAGAGACAGCUCCAUGAGGCCUCACACUGGAAUCAGGUGGAGAGGAUGAAGGAACUGUUAGAGAAGAGGGUUAACAUCAGGGCUAGAAACCAUGUGGGCAGAGUGGCCCUGCACUGGGCUGCAGGUGCUGGACAUGAACAGGCUGUGCGGCUGCUCUUGGAGCAUGGGGCUGCUGUGGACGACGUGGACUCGUUUGGGAUGAAUGCACUUCUCCUGUCUGCCUGGUUCGGCCACUUGCAGAUUGUGCAGAUUCUGGUCAAUGCUGGGGCCAAGGUCCACUGUGAGAGCAAGGACGGCCUGACCUUACUGCACUGUGCGGCCCAGAAGGGCCACAUGUCUGUGCUGGCCUUCGUCAUGGAAGACCUGGAGGAUGUGGCCUUAGACCAUGCAGACAAGCUGGGAAGAACAGCAUUUCACAGAGCCGCCGAGCAUGGACAGCUGGAUGCCCUGGACUUCCUCGUGGGCUCUGGCUGUGACCACAGUGUCAAAGACAAGGAGGGGAACACAGCCCUGCACCUAGCUGCCAGCCAGGGCCACGUAGCUGUGCUGCAGAGACUUGUGGAUAUUGGGCUAGACCUGGAAGAGCAGAACAUGGAGGGUCUGACUGCUUUGCAUGCAGCUGCUGAAGGGAUCCACGCUGACUGUGUGAGGCUUCUCCUCAGUGCUGGGAGCAACGUCAAUGCUCUCACCCAGAAAAAGCUGAGCUGCCUCCACUAUGCAGCCCUUGGUGGCUCUGAGGAUGUGUCCCGGACACUCAUCAAGGCAGGAGGGUGCACAAACGUGGCUGACAAGCAGGGCACUGCUCCUAUACACCUUGCUGUGAGGCACAACUUUCCUGGUCUGGUCCAGCUCUUUAUAGAAGCCCACAGUGAUCUGGACGCCACCGACAUUAGGCAGCAGACUCCCCUCCACCUCGCUGCCGAGCAUGCCUGGCAGGAUGUAGCAGAGAUGCUCCUCGUUGCUGGAGUUGACUUAAGCCUGAGAGAUAAGCAAGGAAAAACAGCCCUGGCAGUGGCCGCCCGCAGCAACCACGUCAGCCUGGUGGACAUGAUCAUCAAAGCUGAGCGUUUCUACAGAUGGGAGAAGGACCACCUUUCAUGCAGGGACACCAGCUACCCUUCUAGAAAGGACCUGACCUUUAAGCAAGACCAUCGGCAGGAAACACAGCAGCUCCACUCUGUGCUGUGGCGACUGGCUUCCCGGUAUCUGAGGCCCACUGAGUGGAAGAAACUGGCAUAUUCCUGGGAGUUCACAGAGGCUCAUGUCUGUGCCAUCGAGCAACAGUGGACAGGAACCAGGAGCUAUCAGGAGCAUGGUCACCGGAUGCUGCUCAUCUGGCUGCAUGGUAUAGUCACAGCUGGGAAGAACCCCAGCAAAGCACUGUUUGAGGACCUCGUGGCCAUCGGCAGGAGAGACUUGGCUGAGAGCACCAGGAAGAUGGCAAAUGGCGAGCCCAGGGCCACCAGGAGGUGCACAGCCAUGUGAGCUUGUGGGAACGCCUUGGGGCCACAGCAUGGAAGAAGAUCUCCGUAAGGGUUUUCAGAGCAGUCUCUGCACACAUACCUCCGGCUGCAUCUCCUGAACCAUAGACCCCAGCAGGAAACUCGAGUACUUUUUGGAGGAUGGGAGAUGGGUCUAUUCUAGGUUUUCUGGUCAUCCUGUCCCAGGAGUGUCAUCUUUUACAGCUCUCAGCUCACUUAGUUGUGUUCCUGAGGGUGCAUAUGUGUGUACAUGCCUCACAUGGGUGUGGAGGAGGCCAGAGGACACUUGAUGGGUAUUCCUCCCCAGGCACUGUCCAUUUUGUGUUUUUUUGUUUUGUUUUGAGACAGAGUCUUUCUUUAUG